GAUUGCACCACCCCGCACCCCAGCCUGGGUGACAGAGCAAGACUCUGUCUCAAAAAAAAAAAAAAAAAAGAAUAUCUAUUCCAUGUUUUUUAACUAUUAUGAGAAUGUAUUCAUUUAUAACAUAUAAUGGGAAACAGUAAUAUGUACUCUUUGAGAAAAAUUGCAAAGCACAGAUAAAUGGAAAUAAACUGGAAAAAGAAUUGUCUGUAACCUCACCAUCCAUAGACAGACACUGUUAUCAUUUUGGCAUAUUUCCUGCUGAUUUUUUUUGCCCAUUUUUGCACAGGUGAGAUAAUUUUGAACAGAAAAUUUUGUACCUUUGGUUUUUGUGUUUUGUUGCACACAAAACAAAACAAGAUAUAAAAAUGGAUUGUAAACACUUUUCUAAAUCCUGAAAAAUGCAUAGACAUAUUUUAGUGUCUAUAUUUCAAGAGACGGACAUACCACAAAUAUUUGCCCAGUCCUUUUUGUUAGAUGUUUAAAUUGUUUUCAAGCUUCUCAGUACCGGAAAUAAUGCUGAGACAUUUUUAGUUGAAGUUAUUUCAUUUCAGGUUGUAUUCUCUUGGGUCAGAGAAUGAAUGGUUCUAAGGCUUUUCAAAAAAGCUGGUCAGUUUUCAUGCCUCUGGCAGUUUUAGACAGUGCUAAAUCAUACUACACUGUUGCCAGCAUUAGAUCUUACCAUGUUCAAGUCUUCGCUAAUUUUAUAAACGAAAAUAAUGGUGCAUAUCCCUGAUUAGUGUUGCUAUAGAACGUAUCUCGAGAAGUUUAUUGGUCUUUGGUAUUUAUUUCAUGAAUAGGUGUGUGCCCAUUUUCUCUUGGGGUGUUCAGUUUUUUAUUAUUGAUGUGAGCAUGUGUAUGGGUGAUAUCUGAUGAUUAUCAGUUUUACUUAGUAGACUGGCAAUAUUUAGUCUUGCUCACGCUGUGUUCCAAGUGCCUACUAUAUUGCUUGGUAUGUAGUUGCCACUCGAUAAAGAUUUGUUGAGUGAAUAAAUGAAGAUGACACUUUGUUUUGCUGGAGAAGGAGUGGUGACCAUUCUUUUUCAGAGGUCCAGGGGGAGGGAACUGAGUGGGGACAGAGUAUCCAUGAUCAUCAUGUGUAUUUCAGUGGUUAUUUAUUCAACAUUUCAUUGCUAUGUAAAAGUAUAUGUACAUUUAUAUUCACAGAAGGGAGAAAGCAGAGCCUUGUCCCUGCAAAAAGGUAUGCAUUAUGUGGGCAUCCGGCUCUGUAGCGCCAUAACCAUACUUUAUAUUCAACUUUUUGACAGGCGGAAAGAUGAUGAGUUUCGGGCAUUUGUGAAGAAAGUCAUAAUGAGCCGUUUCUUUAAGUUAAUUAUGAUUAGUUCUGUCGGAUUGAAUGCCUUUUUUACGGCCUUGUGGACCAGUUAUGACAUCAGGUACCGCUUGUUCAGACUUCUUGAGUUCUCAGAGAUGUUCUUUGUGUCCAUCUGCACCUCUGAGUUGGCCAUGAAGAUCUAUGUGGACCCCACUGAAUACUGGAAGGAUGGCUACAACAUGCUGGAUGUGGUCAUCUUCAUCAUUAUGUUUCUCCCCUAUGUCUUCCGCAAGUUCCUGGGCAAACAGUUCACUUACCUGCAUAUCACUGAUGGCAUACAGUCCCUGCGCAUCCUCAAGCUUAUCAGCUAUAGCCGGGGCAUCCGGACGAUGAUCACUGCCGUGGGGCAGACAGUCUACACCGUGGCCUCAGUGCUCCUCCUGCUCUUCCUCCUCAUGUACAUCUUCGGUGUCUUGGGCUUCUGCCUAUUUGGAUCUCAAGACACGGGUGACUAUGAUAACUGGGGGAACCUGGCCGUGGCUUUCUUCACCCUCUUCAGCUUGGCCACGGUUGAUGGCUGGACAGACCUGCAGAAAGAGUUGGACAAUCGGUCUUUAGCUUUGAGCCGGGCAUUCACCAUCGUCUUCAUCUUGCUCGCCUCUUUCAUCUUCCUCAACAUGUUCGUGGGUGUGAUGAUCAUGCACACAGAGGACUCCAUCAAAAAGUUUGAGCGAGAGCUGAUGUUGGAGCGAAAAACAACAAUCAUGGAACAGAAGCAGGUGAUUCUGCAGCGGCAGCAGGAGGAGGUCAGCAGGCUGAUGCACAUGCAGAAAAACGCUGACUGCAAAAGUUUCAGUGAGUUGGUGGAGAACUUUAAGAAGACCUUGCGCCACACUGACCCCAUGGUCUUGGAUGAUUUUGGCACUAGCCUACCCUUCAUCGAUAUCUACUUUUCCACUCUGGACUACCAGGACAUGACUAUCCACAAGCUUCAAGAGCUGUACUAUGAGAUUGCACAUGUGCUGGGCCUGAUGCUGGAAGACUUGCCCCAGAAGCCCCAGCCCUUGGAAAAUGUGGAUGAGAAGUAGCUGGGCAUGGGGGCACCCAUGUGCCGAGGGCCUUGCAGACUGUGACAGAUCCCUAUUAAACACAGGCUUUCUGAGUUGGCCUCUCCAGAGUGGCUGUGAUUAUGGCAUUUCCCCACCUUUGAGAGUUAGACCUGCAUAGGUGCUCAUGAAGUUUGAUUCCCCAGAGCGAACCCCAGUCCCGCACCACAGGACAUGCAGACCUCAGGAGUAGGGAGAGGGAGGCUCAAGACUUGUCCUGGCCAGAGGCCACAUCCAGGGGCCAUGCUGGCUCUAGGUUCCCUGGACCUAGCAGCAAGGAACUGGGGAAGCUGCCUGAGGACCAUAGACCAAGAAGGCCUCCAGCUGUCCCCUGAAGCACAUGGUCCGCUUGAGCUGGUGUGGCCCUGCUGAUCUGGGUGUGGGUGUUCUCAUACUGACAGAGUCACAUCUCUCUCUGUGGACCCACUGCUACAGAGACCCCUCUUUGGAAGGCUACUCUCAUUUCCCCUAGGCUCACCCCAAGGGGUGCAGCUAAGACUGGCAGGAUUCUGUUAUAUGGGCCUGGAGCUCAAUCUGGGGGAGUAGCCUGCUGGCAAUGCCAGGGCACUUUGCACAGAGCCUGGGAAGGUGCGGCAGCAUCAGCACUUUGGGCUGCUGCCUCGUAUGUAUGGCUAGGUAGCAUUUUCUCUGUCAUUCCUGGUCAAAUGACUACUAGGGCCACCAAGGUCCUGGCACCUGUCUGGCUUGGCCAUGAUGGAGCCAUCUGAAGGCCCCAGCAGUGUGGGGCAGUGCAGCACAGGUGAUACUCCUUGCUCCAGACUGGCCCGCCCAGAGGCCUGGCAGUGCCCACUCCACACCAUUGCUGCGGAGUAUGCCUGAGGUCUGUCACCUUGGCAGUGCCACCUCAGACAGAGGGGGAGGUAUGUUCUGUGACUGGCACCUAUAGCUGGGUGCAGAAAGGCCCCGUACCCACACUGGGCAUUCAGGUUAGCAGAAAAUGCAUGGGGUAGAGUGAAGAGCUAUGCUGGGGGCUGGGGCUUCCAUGACGAGAAACCCAUGGUCUCGCCCUGGCCCUCUUGGUGCUCAUGGUUGUGUGGGGAAGACAGUCAUCCCACCACUUUUCCUGAGGAAGUGACAAUAAUUGAAUUCAGGGUCAGGGGGCUGCGUUGAGAGAAUCAGGGCCACGUUGGGAAUCAUGAAAGCAGUGUGGAAGAAGGAUGGCUCUUCAGGGUGAGACCUAUUGAGGUGCUGUGGGAGAAUCCUCUAAGGGCAGGAAUUGCAGCCUGGCCAUAUCCUACAUGGAGACAGCAUUGUGUCCAUGCCCUGAAGGUGGCCUGGGGUCCAUAGGGUGUUUGUGCCCCUCCUGGCAGGGAGAGAGGCUCUGGGUCUGACAUGUGCAGGGGAUGACUCCAGGCUUCGGCUUCCACGGGUGCUCUUGUGGGUGCAGCCCCGUUAGCAGGGCAGACAGGCCCCAGCUGAUGGCUCUAGUUCAGGGCCGGGGCAAAGCAGACAUUGCCAGCUGCUCACACAGGGUGUGCCAACAUAGCCAUGGGAACGCUAAAACAUAUCCAGCUACGCUCAUCAGGAAUCCUGGGAAUUGCCCUAGGCAUCUGAGAGUGAACAAAAGAUUUGAAAAUUGGCCUCAGUGGGGCAAGGUAGAAAGUGCCAUGGUUUUGGAGUUGGGAGACUUGGGUUCCCUAAUAGGGAGACCUUGGGCAAAGUGUCUAGUCUUUCAAGCCUCACCUAUUUCCUAUGAGAAAUGCAAUGAUAAAACUGAUUGGCUACAAGGAUCAAAUCUCCGUAGGCGUGUGAGAAAAGAGGCAGUCAGCUCAUGGUUCACCCUUCCUCACUGUCGGCCCUGCACCUCUGCUGGGGGCACCUAUAGUGGGCUGUGCUGGACAGGGGUUGAGAGGGGUGAGGUCAUCAGGGCAGUGGUGGGAAAAGUAUGGAGCUGAGAGCAGGAUGCAGAGGUCAGGAACCUGCACGGGGGUGUGAUGUGUCCUGAGAUGGAGCUGCUUCAGAAUGGGCAAAAGGCACGUCAGAUCUGGAAGGCCUGGGUCCCAUGCCUAGGAAGGCAGCCUUUGGGCACAGCCACCAGAGUGUGGUGUGGGAGGGUGCAUUAGUCCAUUUUGUGUUGCUGUGAAGGAAUACUGGAGGCUGGGCAAUUGAAAAGAAAAGAGGUUUAUUUGGCUCAUGGUUCUGCAGCCUGUCCAGGAGGCAUGGCACCAGCACCUGCUUCUGGUGAGGCCUCAGGAAGCUGCUACUCGUGGUGGAAGGCAAAGCGGAGCCAGCGUGUCAUGUGGUGAGAGAAGGAGCAAGAGAGAGGGGAGGAGGGCUGCCAGGCUCUUCUAAACAACCAGCUCCCGUGUGAACUAACAGAGUGAGCUCUCACUCAUCAUGGAGUGGGGGCGCCAAGCCAUUCAUGAGGGAGCUGCCCCCGUGAUCCAACACCUCCCAUUAGUCCCCACCUCCAACAUUGGGGAUCCCAUUUCAACAUAAGAUUUGGAGUGGUGGACACACAUCCAAAUUAUAUCAGGAGGCAAGCUGCCUUUAAGGGCACAAGAAGAAGGCUUUUAGAGAGCAGAGAGCUGGUGGGGGCAGAGGUGACGUGCACAGGGCCGGCCCAGCGAUGCUGGCAGAGCAACCUGAUGGAUAUUUGGCACAGAGUCCCAAAGCAGCAUUUCUGUUUGGCUCUAUUCGCCUGCAAAGCAAACACUGGCAGAUUGGAAUUCCCACUUGGGCUCUCACCAACUCAAACAGGCUUGGCCAAGACCUUUAAUUGAUUUGCUUGGGGCAGAAGUGGCUCUGCUUACCCACGCCUGGCUGUGGAAAGCAAGACCUUCCUCACUCUCCCCGGACCCUGGGAUCUAGUAGGGUUGACCCUGAAUGGCUCCUUCAUCUCCAGCCUGCCAGCCUGAUCGUUUGGGGGCCAUAGGGGGAAUGCAGAAGACCCGGGGCCGAGUCUUCUGGUCAUGCCCAAGCCCUCCCCCAGUUCUUGUGGGAAGGAUCUGGAAUUCAAGGCUGGAGGUGUUGGGAAGGUGGCCGGAUUUUCUUUCUUUAAAACUGCUUUCUGAUUCCACCAGCAGGAAGCAGGCCCUGUAUUGUGGAUAUCCAGGCAGUAACUGAGAAUAUGAAUCCUCCUGUCCAUUCCAAUAGGCCCUAGAAAUCGGAUUCUGAGAUGCUGGAAACUGUGCCCCUUGAGGCUUUCUUUGAAUCUUUAGGACACCUCCUAGAACAAACUGGCCUGCAACAGGUCAGGUCUGGCUCUCUGGGCAUCUCCACCUGUGUCAGGCUUUGUCCCUGACCCCACAUGGGUCUGCUGUGUUGUCCUAAAGGCCCUCAAGAGAGAAGAUGGCUCUGAAUUCCUGACUAGGCAACUCAGAAAGAAGAGGUGGUUGUUCUGAUUGUAGUCACAGGGGUUGGAAAGAGGGAAAGGAGGCAAACGCGAUGAUGCAAAAUCUGUCGACACAUGGGCAUCCCCACUCUCCCCCAUACUGUGCCACAAAUAAUUUUGUCUGUGUUUGGUCAGCCACAGGCUGCACCUGCCCCAGGUUCUGUCUGACUUUAUUGUAGCUCUCUGUGAUGUGGCAUUAGGGAAUGGUGGAAAGCCCGGCCUGCAGAGCUGGAGUGGAGGGAAAGGGGAGUAUUUUUGCUUUCUCAGCCAGCUUCAUCAUUCUCCUCCAUGCUGGUUAAUCAGGGUAAUGGGCAAAACAGAGGGAAAGUUAAAACACCAGCAGGGCUAGAUGGAUACACAGCAGGGAGCCAGGAUGAGGGAGGGACGAAGGAAGCAAAAUCUGGGGGCUGAGAGCCUGGGAACUGUGGACAGCAGCUAUGACACAGCUGGUGUGUGUGCCCUGGAGAGGACCAAGGAGAGGUUAACUGUCCUGGUGGGUCAACAACAGGAUCCCUAUGGGUGUUCUCUGAGAGAGGCAAAUGAUGAUUGGAAUUAUCUUAAAAUUAUUUUUGGUUGCUGUACCUUUAAAAAAUGAAGCCCAUGGAUAGAUUAGACCAUGUAGAGUCUGGGUUAUAUUCGGGUUAUAUAAAAGAUCACCCUGCAUAAUAGAGACCUAUUGGGUUAACAGUGGGAAAUGCUAAGAGGGCUUUCCAUGGACUGAGCCCUUAGCUGGGAUCAGGGGCCUCCAGGUGAAACAUACCAGAGGGUGGUGGCACCAGGUAUGAUUGUUUUCUUCCAAAACGAAACUAAAGUAUCAGAAGGGAAGUGUGGAAGAAGCCAUAAGGGGAUGAAGAGCCUAUUUCAAAACUCUUGGGAAACUGCAGAGUGACUGGGGCCUGAGUGAACUGGUGAUGGGACCAUGGUGGUGUCCUCACAGCAACAGAACCUCACUGUCCUCCAACUUGGCAUUUGGGGACCACUGCCCCUGACUUCCUCUCUCUCCAGUGCUACUUCGAGCCUGGGAUCGGGGCCUGAGAUAAAAAGAACUCUUUAAAACUUGAGGCUGGAGCUGGGCAUGGUGGCUCAUACUUAUAAUCUCAGCUGCUCAGGAGGCUGAACUGGAUCGCUUGAGGCUAGGAGUUUGAGAGCAGUCAGGGCAAUGUAGUGAGACCCCAUCUCUACAAUGUAAAAAAGAGAAAAAAGAAAAAAAAAACUUGACGCUGGCCCAGAGAAGGAGGGAUCCAAACAGAGGUCAGGCUACAGUUUCAGUGGCAUAGCCUGUUCUCCUUGCUGACUGUGGAAAUACUGCCUUCUGUUUUGCCAGUGUUUCUGUUUAUAAGAUCUUUUUACAUAUAUGACUUCAAUCACCUAACAAUGCAUAUUCCCAUUAAACAAGUGGCAAAACUAAGGUUCAAAGAGAUGAUGUAACCUAUUCAAGUUUAUACAACUAAGGGGGAAGAGCCGGGAUUCACAACCAAAUGUGUCUGGCUCUUUAGCCACUCUGCCAUGGUGUCACCCAACAAUCUUCUGAGGAAUUGUCCCCCUUUAUAAGCGGAGAAGCCAGCUCUCAGAGACACACUGGGCUAAGGUCAUCAUUAAAGGGCAGAGUCCGUAUUUGAACACAGGUGCCUCUGCACUACUGCCUCAUAGCGACCUUGUUCUUUCUUGUUGAAGCAGCUAUUUUUUCAACUUUAGAAACCAAGCCAUGAUUCCCUUCCGAGAGGGGCCUGACUCUGGGAGGAGGUGGGCAUGGUUGCUCAGAUGGGCCUCAGUUGGCCAUUGAGUUCACUGGCACUUUCUCAAUCCUUGGUCCAGGCUCUGAAGUUUGCUGGCCCUGGGAGCCCUGGGAGCCCUGGGAGCCUGGAGAUUGGGAGGACGGCAGGAAGCAAUCAGUGUGUGCAGAGAGGGUGGUGACUGCGGCAGCUAAUCAGGAAAUUACAGCCUGGGCAGAGAGAGAGGUUUGGCUUAGACGUCGCCUUUCCCUGGGUUCAGUACAGCAGGCCCACAUGGAGGCUUGGCUGAGGUCAGGAUGUGCUGAGCAGGCGUGAGUGGGUCACAGCAGGCAGGAUGUGCCAGCCUGGUCAGUGUCCUGCAGAGCUGUCCGGACACCCCCAAGGCUGGCCUCUGGGGUGGCGACUUGCAGGCAGUUCCCUCUGCCUGCUCUCGCACCCACUCAUAACUUGACCCGCAGGAGUGGCAGCUGUGGGCACCUGGAAGGGGUGCCUUGAGAGGCUCUUGGCUGGAGCUUUUUAUCUGACCCUUGAAAGGGCAAGUGGAAAAGGAGAGAAAACAUUAUCAGUGGGAGAAGCCAGCUGCAGAACUGUACAUAUGUGACACCAUCUGCAUUAAAGUGA